AUGAGUUCCUAUUUCGUCAACUCAACUUUUCCCGUGUCUCUACCCGGGGGACAGGAGUCUUUCCUGGGUCAGAUACCGCUAUAUUCUUCUGGAUAUACAGACCCCUUAAGACACUAUCCAAGCGCCACGUUCGGAGCGACCAAUGUCCAGGACAAGGUUUACACUUCGUCGUACUACCAGCAAGCUGGGGGCGUUUUUGGGAGAAGCGGAUCCACCAGUGCUUGUGACUAUACAACAUCCAACAUUUACCGAAGCGCGGACCGUUCGUGCGCUCUCGGAGGUUUGGAAGACUCGCUGGUCCUAACCCAGGACCAGUGCAAGACGGACUGCACUGAACAGGGCACAGACAGAUAUUUUAACAGUGAAGAGAAACCGUGUACUCCGGUUUAUCCGUGGAUGCAGAGGAUGAACUCGUGUAACGGAAUGCCUGGCAGCACUGGACGCAGGGGUCGUCAAACCUACACUCGGUUUCAGACUCUUGAACUGGAAAAGGAGUUCCACUUUAACAGAUAUUUGACCAGAAGGCGAAGAAUUGAGAUCUCGCACGCUCUGUGUUUGACGGAGCGACAAAUAAAAAUAUGGUUCCAGAACCGUCGAAUGAAAUGGAAAAAAGAGAACAAAGUGAUAAACUCCACUAAACCCGAAGAGGAGGAGGAUGAAAAGGCUGGAUGA